AUUUAUAUAAAGGAGCGAUAUCUAGAUGGAACGUGUGACUUUUCGGAUUAACGCUGAUCGCAACGAGAUUUCCGGAAAAAAAUUAAUUCGGGAACGCGAAGUGCCGUGGAAAUAAAAAUAUUGUACGCACGCGAAGAUGGAUCUUAAAUUACGUUUGUUUCUUGUGUUUGUUAUCGUCAUAUUAACGCACGAGACCGUAGCUGACAGAUCAUCAAAUUGCCUGUUGCCUAUAGAAAAGGGUUCUUGCAGAGCAUACAUAACGAGAUACGCUUAUAAUUCGGCUUCUGGAAAAUGCGAACGAUUCAUAUACACUGGCUGUGAUGAGAACGCAAAUAAUUUCAAGAGCAUGGCCCAGUGUGAGGAGACAUGUGUAAAUGUAUGAUGAUGGAUAAAAAAUGCUGGGCAAGGGAUUCUGUGAAGAUUUAAUAAAAACUUAUUAUACGCUUUACUUUUAUAGUAAUAGAAGUUACAGUAACUUUGUUACGUAAUGUAAUUAAAUGUAUAAUAGGUGAAUAUAUGCAAAUAAGAGAACUG